UCCCGUCACACAAGGCAAUGCUGGAGACAGACCGUCCGCCGGUUCCGCUGAAAGGAAGAAGUCGAGCGUAACUCGGGCUGUCCAUGUUCUCACAUGCGCUGAGAUCAGACAUCUUCUUGAUAAACUGUGCUCACACACAUCCUACCAGGCAGCGGAGAGGGGAACCCUCCACUGAGCUGCUUUGACACAUUGUGAACACAUAUCCUGGACGUGUAGAGGGAGAAGAUGUUAAUGAAGGAGUACAGGAUAUGCAUGCCCCUCACUGUAGAGGAGUACCGGAUUGGGCAGCUGUACAUGAUUAGUAAACACAGCCAUGAGCAGAGCGAUAGAGGAGAAGGGGUAGAGGUGGUCCAAAACGAACCCUUUGAAGACCCGGUUCAUGGCCAAGGACAGUUCACAGAGAAACGUGUCUACCUCAACAGCAAAUUACCCACCUGGGCUCGAGCAGUGGUUCCUAAAAUCUUCUAUGUUACAGAGAAAGCUUGGAACUACUACCCUUACACCAUAACGGAAUAUACUUGCUCAUUCCUGCCCAAGUUCUCCAUUCACAUAGAGACGAAAUAUGAGGACAACAAAGGAAGCAAUGACAAUAUCUUUGAAACGGAGCUGAAGGACCAGGAGAGGGAGGUGUGCUUCAUCGACAUCGCCUACGAUGAAAUCCCUGAGCGCUACUAUAAAGAGUCUGAGGAUUUGCGAUAUUUCCAGUCACAAAAGACAAAGCGGGGCAUACUGCAGGAAGGCUGGAGGGACACACAAGACCCCAUCAUGUGCUCCUACAAACUGGUCACAGUCAAGUUUGAAGUGUGGGGCCUGCAGACACGAGUGGAACAGUUUGUACACAAGGUGGUCAGAGAUGUGCUGCUGCUGGGACACAGGCAGGCAUUUGCUUGGGUUGACGAGUGGAUAGACAUGACAAUGGACGAGGUGAGAGAGUUUGAGCGCACUAUCCAGGAGGCGACCAACCAGAAGAUUGGGGUGUUUCCCCCAUCAAUCUCCAUAAGCGAGACGCCCUUGUCCUCCUGCGCCCUAAACGGACCUGCCAGUGCCCCCUCAACCCCAAUGUGCACAGAUGCACCCGAAUCCCUCUCUGUUCCCAAAGACCGGCCCCGUAAAAAGUCCGCCCCCGAAACACUGACCCUUCCUGAGCCAGUUCCCAGCGGAGCUGCACAGGGCUCUACCUUGAACCAGUUACGCAUUUCCAACCAUCUCCAGUUAUCCACACUGCCUUCCGACUCUGACCUUGCUGAAAUGGGCGAGCAGUAGAACAGAGGAAUGUCUUCCCCUAACCCCUGGUAUUACUUGUUCUUCUUUACUCGUUGUCUUAUGAGCCCAGUAAGUGUGCUCAUUCCUCCAAGCACCAGUGCCCUGACUUUAGCCAUAUCCAAUGAUUCACCAUAAUCUUUAACACACACCAAUCAGUCUAGAAGUCUUCAUUAAUGUCAUUGAUACCAUCCAGGCAGCUGUAGGCUCAGUCACCCUGUUGUGGCUGAGCACGAGUCAAGCGAGCCAGAUGUCAGAUCUUUUCUAAGAAACGCAUUUAAUGUUUUUUGAAGGCAAAGAUACUUUUUGUUGAGUGGCAGGUUUUCUUUUUGUAAAUAAAUCCUUUUCAUUGUUUCUGUAGUUACAUUUUCUUCAAUCAGACUAGCAGGCCACGUAUUAUUGCAUUUUGAAGUAGUUGCCUUGACACCACAGAGCCAGUGGAGAUUCAUUUCUGAUAAAGUGUUCAAAGUAAAUUUAUCCGUUACUAAUUUGCAUAAGAGUUGAAAGCAUGAAAGAAAUCGACUUGAUGAUUCGAACUGGAACAGCACAGUAGAAGUAGAAGAACACUGGAGAGGCAGUCAAGUACAUUCAUAAAAGAUCCACUGAAGUGUUUCUGUGGCUGGUCGGCAUGUUGUGUGGAUCAGAUUGUACUCUCUUAUUUCCUCUCUAAACUCUAAAAAUGCAAAAUCUGUACAAUCAUAAAGAGAAUACACCUCAGGUCUCCCCAGAGUCUAACUGGUUCGCACUCCAAAGGCAGGGAUGCUGUUUUACUCAACUUUCCCUGCUUUAUUGCCAAACUUAUAUUUUUUUUUACCUCCAGAGAUGUUAUAAUACAAAACAUAUUAAGCAGUCUACUUAAAACUGGGAAUGUUUACACAUCUAAGACAUUUUAAGUGAAGCUGUCAUUACAGUUGCGGUUUGAAGUAGACAGUUUGAUGCUUGCAAAGUUUAAUUUGUUCAAGUUCUGUUACUGCAAGCUCUGUAUCUUACUGAAGAUAAUUAAGAGAUCAGUAUCAGCGGAAGUAUGUGGUAUUUAUAAAGUCAGAUGUUGUCUGAAACUAAUGCUGGAUAUAUCAUGUGAUAUAAAUGUGAUCCACCUAAAUGAAAUCAGAAAAAACAGUUUUCUCACAUGUCCGCCAUUAUGGAUGAGCUUUUAGUCACCGACCGACCCUCGUGCACAGUGGAGGUGAUGAAAAGUCAGUGCUAAAUUUGGAAAGAAGGGCACAUGUGUCAAGCUGACUUGAGUAUGUGCUUCAUUAGGUGCACAGUGUGUGAAGAUUUAAUUAGCCAACACAGAUUGGUAAAGGAAAGCCACUGCUUUUAUGAGAAUUGAAAACAGAAUUUGCAGAAAGCCAUCAUUUAUUUUUGGCCUAUAUUACUGGAUAUCUGUCAAAGAACCUUAAAGGAGAUACUAAUACAGUAGAUUUAGUACACCAAUCAACAUGUUCAUUGACGGAGACCAACGUUUUCUGAACAAUAUUAUUCAAAGAAAUGGUUUUCUAUGCUGCAUGAAAUGUUCACAACUUCUAUACAAAAUAUAUGAUGUAUGAUAUACUGUAUUUGAAUGGAUUGUUACAGUAUACUAAGCAAUGUAACUCUGUGAAGAAAAAGAAACCCAAAUGCUUCCAUUGGAAGUCUGAACUAAUUUUGUAUAGUAGAACAUCAGAUUUAAACAGAAAUGUAAGCAUGUCCAGAGUAUUUACUUUAGGUCUAUAAACUCUUUGAACUCAGUGCCUCUGCAUGCUACAAUUUUAUCAUCACCUACCUGUGUCUAUAUCCAAAUUUAAUUAGUUCAUCUACAGAAAUUCAAAAUUUCAUGACUUUUUUUCUUUAAAAAAUUACUUUUAGUACAAUUAAAAUUUUUUAGAACCACAUAAAAAAAGCUUACCUAUGGCUUUAUUAACUAUACAACUCUGAGAGGUUUACAUAGACUCUUUGUGGGCAUGAAUGUCUUCUAUUCUGGGCUUUUAACCAUGUUUUAAACCAUUUCUUUUUUUGUGUAAGGAUUAUAAAGAACUUUGAUGCACAUGUUUACAUUAUUGAGAACUUCCUCUAAUAUAAACAUGGUCAGUUACACACAUUGGGUCAAAUGUACGUAACAACAAUAUUUCAUUAACUAUACUGCUUUAAUAUUCUCUGAACAAGAGUAUAACAAUUUUUUCAAUAAUAUAUAAGACCACAAAUGUGACAUUAUUGGUUACCUUUUCCAACAGAGUCUUUUAAAUAUUUGAGAGUAUUUAACAAGCUACCUGGCAGAGAUGUUUUUGCUAUUAAAUAAGUGUGUUCAGUGUGAAAACUUUCUGCAUGGGAUCAUAUUGGUUCAUUUUCUUCUGCCGUAUUAGAAUUUUUCAGUUUGACGUUUUUCCUUUGACAUAGCAGUUUUUCACCUGCAAUGAUUUAUAACACCUUUGAAUAUUUUUAUUUAGUCAUCAUAAUUUCCCUUAGACAUGGGACAGCAGAAAUGUUAUUUCACUUCAGUUGAUGGCUUCAAAAAGUGUGAAGUCAUGGUGCAGCUUGCUUAGGGAAAUGUCAUCUGGGAUGGAUGUCUAUAUUUUGGCUUUAUAAAUUCAUACUUGUGCAAUUCUGUUUUCAAAAAUCAUUGAAGUUUUUUGUUGUACCCUGCUUUCAAUAAGAUAAACAGAAUAGUUCAAGAAAAGUCCAAAAUUUGCAUGACAUGUCUGAGUCUGUCUGAACCUCUCACCAGAAAAGUGUAAUUACCUGCUUCUUCAUCCCUCCAGUGGCAGUAAACAUUUCACAUGCAGAAGCUUUACUGACUUGUCUGUAUGUGAAAUAUACAUGUUGGAUUUUACCACUCUUGUAGCUGAAGCUCUAUAUCUGUUUUUGUAUUGCAUUCCCUUCACUUUAGCCUAAUUAUCUUUUACAGUUUGAAUUAAACCUUACUUUACAAAUGUUUUUUCUCCGUGAAGCUCUUGUGGUCCUUUUGUACAAUUUUUGCUCUUCUUUCUUAAUAGCCCUUCCUCCUUCAGUUUCCUUCUGGUAUUGCGAGUUUAACUGUUCAAAUUUCAAGAGCUGCCAAUGCAAGAAAUGCAGAGUGGUGUAACUCAAAUAUAUGAAACUAUAGCAGACUUUCAAGCAACAGGGACUAACUUGCUAUUUUUUUUCUUCAAUUAUUGAUGCUGGUGUUAGUAUCCAGGGCAUGACAAUACUAAGUGCUUAAGAAGAUGGCAACUGGACUUCUUCUGUUUCUUGUAAUUCACAUGUGGUACAUGCGACCAAAACAUCUCACAUGGCAUUGUUAGGGAUAUUGUGUAUCUGUAUCAUCAACAACAUCAAAGAAAACACUGAGCUGAUUAGACUGUAUGUCCAGUGAUCCACCUGUCGUAAUUCCCCCACUAGUGACCGUAAUGGCCCUAUUUAUGUGAAUGUUCUGACUACAAUUUAUAAGCCUGUUACUUCCAACCAUGUUCAGAACUUUGGAUGAGAGGCGAAAGGUCUUCAAGAAACAAGAGAACAAGUCCAGUUGCCUUCUACUUAAGCAAUUAGGAUUCAAUUUCUGACAUUUCACAGAUGCAUUAUGCACUUUUGAGUCUUUUGACAUCUCAAUUGACAAUGAAGAAAUGUGUUUAUUUCUGUGUUGGGGGCUUGGAGAACCAAAAUCCUCUCAUACACCAUAGUAACAUUAAAGAAACGGGCUUGAAAAGAAAACAUUCAGCAGUCUUACAAUAUUAUAUCGUCAAUAAUUUUUAUAGAUUCUCAUUUAGACCGAAAAACAUAAAACUGUAGCUAUUUAUUUGUAACUGUAGCUUUUGUCAUUGCCUUUUAAGGAUUAAACAAUUCUACAUACCAGUCAUUGGCCGGCUGUAUACAUCUAUUUUGUAUAGAAAGAUGCUUACUAGUCUGGUGUCGACCACCUCUCUUAUCAGAAACGCAGCGAUCCAGGGACAUGUUUGAUCCACCAUGGGCUAUUAAAAUAAUGCAAAGUGUAUGCAGAAGGUUAAUCUCAGCUCUGUUUAAUAGAGUAACCCAAUAGCUAUUGUACAUACAGCUAUUAAUGAUUAAUAUUGUAGAUUUCUUAUGUUGAGCCUGCUCUGAGUUUAAUUACUGAUGUGCCAUGAAUGUGCUAAUGGACUGAAAAUGGACAAGGUAAAUCUUUUUGUGUGAUGAGAGUUUGUGAUGCUUUUACAAACAUAGAUUAAAUGUUUGGAUUUGAGUCAGGCUUAAUGUGUUUUUAUCAAUGAAGUUGGUAUCGAACGUUCUUAUUUACGUUAAGUUUAAUUCUUUUAAUUUAGAUAUUAAAAUUCUUUGUAGUGGUGCACUUUGUGCUCUCCAGUUGUUUCUAAUGAACCCCAUAGGGGCGUAUAAUUUUCUAAGUUGUAAAGCAAGUUGAUGCUUUGCAUUUUAGUUGCGUGGCUGCUUUGAUGUUUACCUGUCUUGUAAAUUUCAAGGCCAAUGAUGUUUCUCUUUUCCUUUAAAAACUAAAAUUUGCUGUUGUAUGAUUUAGUGAUUGCUGUAAUGCAUUUCAUUCCUCCUCACCUCUUAAUUCAGUUUGCGUUCAGACGAGCUGUUUUGCUGUAUUUUGCUAUCUGGAAUCUGUCUCGUGAACCUUGAACCCAUCUGACUUGAAGCUCAUCUCAGUGUUAGCUGAAUAUUCAGGUGCACUUUAAGUCAAUACAGCUUUGUGAAGCAGAUUCCAAAAGUGCUAUUCCUGUUUAGCUGCUGAAAGUUGCUCUUUGUUCUUCCACUUGGAAUAUUGUAUUGUACUUGAUAUAUUUUUACUGCCCCUUGAGGUUUAUUUGGUUAUCUGUUGUAAUUAUUGUUUCAACAGUUUUCUGAAAUGGAUAAAUAAACUUUAUUAGCUAUUG